AUGUCAGCUUUCCAGAAAAUUGAAAGAUUUGAAUCUGCAGGAAGUUCUGACUCUAAGACUCUGCAACCUUCCAGUCUUCGAAACAUUGGUUCUUGGCUUCCUCUCUACCCUUCACCUGAGAAAUUUGUAUCCAAGCAGGAACUUGGAGACUGGCUCCCUACCUACCCAGGCCCCCACCCACGGGUUGAGCAGGCUAAACGACAACCCCCUGUGAAGCUAAGGAAGAUGUUUGGCUGGGGGGACUUCCAUUGCAGUAUAAAGACCACAACUCUGGAAAUGCUGAUUAAAGGGAAGAUAGUGGACCUUGGAAAUGGAACCUUCAGCGUUUACUUCACGAGCAACACAACUGGUUUUGGGAACGUGUCUGUUGGACUGACUCCACCUGCAAAAGUGGUGGAAUUUGACCUAAUGCCACAGACUGUGGUGCAAUCUGUAAAGUCCAGGCUGUUCAACUGCAAGGUGGAAUCUGAGAAGGUGGAACAAAGCAGCAGGGGUUCAAAGGGGUGCAACUCCCAGCGGACCCACAGCCACGUCUCAUGGCUCUGCUCCAAACCAUUCAAAGUCAUCUGUGUCUACAUCUCUUUUUACAGUGUGGAUUAUAAACUCCUAAAGAAGGUCUGUCCGGACUACAACUACCAAAGCGAUACUCCUUAUUUUCUCUCUGGGUGA